AUGUUCAAUAACUGGCACUGGGUAUUCCAACAAGAUUCGGCGCCAGCUCAUAGAGCGAAGAGCACACAAGACUGGCUGGCGGCGCGUGAAAUCGACUUCAUCCGGCACGAAGACUGGCCUUCCUCCAGUCCAGAUUUGAAUCCGUUAGAUUACAAGAUAUGGCAACACUUGGAGGAAAAGGCGUGCUCAAAGCUUAAGCCUAAAAAUUUGGAGUCCUCAAGACAUCCUUGA